GUGCAUAUCAGUUUCUGGUGAACCUGUUGCAGAGACGAGGUGUUCUUGAACACUGAUCCUUUCAGUCACAAAAGACAGCAUUUUGUGAUCCUAGGAACGCAGCUAUGAACAAACGCCCUCAAGGUAGGAGGAGCUAAGAUGCUGAGUUGUUGAGCUGGGUGGGGUGUGUAAAAUCGCAAUAAGAAUUAAGCAUUCAAACUUCCUGAGGCAUACUUCUUGAUUAGUUUUGUAGGGAAGAUCCAGCCAGUUAACAAACAAUUGGAGUUCAAAUAAUGUUACCUAAAACACAAAAGAUGAUGUCACCACAGAAUUACCCCCACAGUUAAAGCAACACACCCUCCUGAAAAAUCCUGGAAGCUGUAUUUACAGAGCUAUACAGUAGUACCUCGGGUUAAGUACUUAAUUCGUUCUGGAGGUCUGUUCUUAACCUGAAACUGUUCUUAACCUGAGGUACCACUCUAGCUAAUGGGGCCUCCCGCUGCUGCUGUGCCGCCGAAGCACGAUUUCUGUUCUCAUCCUGAAGCAAAAUUCUUAACCUGAAGCACUAUUUCUGGGUUAGCGGAGUCUGUAACCUGAAGUGUAUGUAACCUGAAGCGUAUGUAACCCGAGGUACCACUGUAGUUUCCAGCCCCUUAACAAACUGCAGUACCCGGGAUUCUUUGGAGGAAUUCAAUUUGAACAUACGGUGUGUGCAUGCAGUCUGUGAUUUUAAGGGAGAGGCCUCUAGUCUGGGGGAGGGGUUAGGGUGGGAUUUAUUUUUUUAUUUUUGUUUGUUUUUAUUUCCCAAUGUCUCCUAGAACGUCAGUGGAGGAGGGCUCCACGUAAAACCCGCAGAGGCAGACGGGUUGCGCAGGGCCGGUCCUCAGCAACAGGGAGACUCAAGCAGCUGCUGCGGAGGCCGGAGUAUUCUCCAUUAGGAGAAGGGGAGAUCUUUGAGGGGACCUUUCUACAGGUGAUGGACCGUUGGUCAUGGCCGGGCAGUGGGGUUUUUUUCAUACAGAAGGGAGAGAUUUCUCUUGCAUGGCUCCCUGUCGGAGGAGGGGUGCCAACUCCUAAGGGCUGAGGUGACUUCAGCCCCCCCCCCCCAAAAUGCAGUUGAUGGGGCUGAGCCCACCCAAGGAAUGCCACAACUACGAUUUAGAACUGGAGUAUGAGAGGUGGGGUGCACCAAAUUUUGGGCACCGCUGAAGUGUGAGACCCCAAGAUCUGCCACUGCUGGUGCCCAUUGGAACUGAUAGGGCAGAGAGUCAGGGAGCCCAAACAGGAGGAGGAGCCAGAGGCAGUGACCAUUUUCUGCCUCCUUCCACCCAGUUUUGAUAGCGAGUUGAAGAGACUCCAGGCCUGCAGAAGGCCAUCCUUUGAGGAACAGCUGGGGAAAUGUCCUGUUAGUUACUCCCUGCAGCGCCCGGUCAGUUCCAGGUGCUCUAGCUUGUUUGAGGUGCCCAACACCCGUGCAUUUGUUCCGUUCUUAGCAGACUCCUUACCCUCCUCUCUCCAUGCAGUUAACCAAGACGGGUGAAUAUGCCGUGAUCCACAACCAACCCAAUUUAGUUAUGGUUGGCAUUUUGUCCAGCAGUCCAGGUUUGCUGCUUCCAGACAUGAUGGUCAUUGCCCGGGUGAGAAAAGGCAUCAGAGAUAUAGAGGCAAAGGCUAAAGACCUGGAAGUCACUAGGUGAGACUAGCACAGCCACCCAGCUCCUGCUCUCCAUCGCCCCAAAACCUUCCCAGAGAAACCACCACCACCACCUCAGAGGUUCCUAGGCUGAGUCUUUCCUCUGCCCGCAGGCUGAUCUCUUUAAACCUGGUGGCGUUUCAAGUACAUAGCAUGAAUGAACGGCAGCUGAGAGUGAAGAUGGCAAAUGGCCGGAAAUAUUAUCUGCAACUCUGUGCCCCUGCAGGGCAAGAGGACAUCAUCUUUCAGCGCUGGCUGCGUCUCAUUUAUGUCUUGAAUGUGGCCAGUGGCAGGAUCAGUGAUCCAGUCAGCUUUACGUCAAAGCAGUCCGGGCUCCACACGAUAUGGAAGAGCGCUAGCUUUCGUGCUACGCCCGAGAAGGUCAGUCUCAUGAAACAAAGCCCCCUCAAAGUCUACCACCUUUGCCCGUCACAUUGGCCAACCCAUCAGUCUCUCUGUUUCAGAUGCGUACAUGCACCAUACAUUUAAAACCUGCCUUUCCCCCAAAGAAUCCUGGGAAGUGUAGUUUGUUAUGGGUGCCUAACCCUCACCCUUGCCCCACAUCCCAGUCCCUGGCUGCCAUCCUUACUGUAUCCUUAUACGUGUGCAUGACUCGCUGUCUUUCUCCAUCAGCAUUGGCUUGCAAUUGUCAUGGCUGAAGAAGACUCCAAUGAAAUAGUGAAGGAGCAGCUGCGUGAAGCCAACCUGGUCAAGAGCACGUCAGGAUCCCUGUAUGUGUUUCAUCUGUAUUGGGAUUAACAACCCUUAACUUGAUAUCAUUGCAUGCAGUCCUAGUCUCCAAGUGGCAAGAGACUCCAGGGUUGCCUGUGCUUACCCAGAGUUCAUUGCCUCGAAAUGAUGGCCAGCGGAGACACUGUUGUCUUUAGGAUAUACAACCUGAGCAUAGGAUGGAGGGACUUACAUUAUUAGCCUCCUAACAGGUCUUGCUUCCCUACUUGGUUUCAAAUGUUAGUGUGUUGGCUGCAGUGUGUAGGUGUGUCGCAUUAACCCUCCCUGUGCUCCUCCCCAGGCUGGAAAGGGGUUAGUUUUAACCUUCAGUUUGCUGGUAAAACUGAAUUAUGGUACUGUGUUGCAAAAUGAUGCAUGUCUAAAAAGUGUGUCACCAACAUGAAAUGUUUGGAAAGCUCUGCAUUAGUCCAUUGAGGCAGUACUUUUUCUGAUUCAGCCUGCGUGCCCAAUGCAGCUGCCCUGGAGUGUAGAAGGAGUUGCAUUUCAUUUAUUCAUUAUGCUUUGCACCAUGGUAUAGUGCCUGGCCAGCAACACUAGCUGUUCACAUCAGCCCAGCUUCAUUACUGUCAGAUUAGCUUCUGCUUGUGAACACAGCAGGGGGCACUGAUGGGGUGGCAAUGUCUUUACCCUAUGGAAAGGUGUUCUUAUCUUGGCUAGAAAUUAGAAAUGGUUUAAGCACUCCAAUCAGUGUGAAGUUGGCUUGAGAAACAUUUCACCCAACAGUAUUAUAACAAAACCCAGGAGACACAGGCAUUUUGGAUAAUGUCAUGUGAACAUGGAUUAACGACCCAACUCUGGAAAUGCAAUGAGUUGACAAUCAAGGGGUAUCUGGAAGUAUAUUUUGUAGAGAGAACACAUUGUCAGGCACCUGUGUUUUGCUCUUUAACCAAAAGGACAAACACAAUUGUUGCUUUUAAGCUGGUGGUCAGGCCACUCCAGUCUAUGGGGUGGGGGGAGGACUGAGUCUUCAACAAUAUGCAAUGGGGUGGUGAGGGGUAGUGGCAGAGGAGAGGCCUUGCUAGCAAACUUUACAAUGAGAAUGCAGGUAGCACAAGUGUGUCCCUGUUCCCAUCUCUGUGAGUAAAUCUGCUUUCCCCAGUGUGCUGCCUUCCAGAUGUUUUGGAUUACAACUCCCACCAUUCCUGACCUUUGACCAUGCUGGCUAAGGGUGAUGGGAGAUGAGGCACAGUGAGGCAGUUGCCUCAGGUAGCAGAUCAGGACCGAGGAGUGCACUGCUCUUGCCACUGCUUCUGUGGCUGUGCUGCCUCCACGCUGCCUCAUCUGCCACUUCGUCUACAACCAUGUCCUUCCCACACCACAGCUGCGUCUGCGUGACAUACUCCACUGCCGCACAGGCAGAGUAGCAGGGAGUUGAGGUGGAAUGCCUCAAGUGGCAAGGUGUCCUGGGCCCAGCCCUGGUUAGAGUCCAAAACAUCUGGAAGGCACCAAGUUGCAGAAUGCUGGAGUCAAUGAUUCAGCUCUGGUCAAACUGUGGUAGUUUUUUUUUUUUAGUGUUGUUUUGUUGGGUUUUUUUGGUGCAGUUUUCAUUCCAGCCUUUCCAUUGCAGGGAAAGUGCCCCUGUUGCAAAACGUAUCAUCCGAAAAUCAGGUAAGGAUGGAAGGAUUGAAGUCAAGGGCCCCCUCAGGUUAAACGUCAGCUUUAAUGCAGCUGAGUGUCUGAAGCAGCUGGGGGAGCAGGGGUAUAUUUCCCUAGAACCUGUGCCUCUUCACUAUUUUCUACAGACCCCUCUUCAUCCACAAGUCUCUUUGGAGCCUCCACAGCAUUCACUAUCUUGCUUCCUGCCUCCUCUCCUUUCCCCCCUCUAAAGGUGUUGCUGGCCGCUCUGCUCAAGAAACACGUGAAAUCCCAGCCAGGGAGGUAAGAACAGUUAAAAGAGUCUGAACGUUUCCUUCUCCGACUCUGUAGAUGCCAUUACAGAUGACCCACUGGCUAUGCGACUCGGGGUGCUUUAUGACAAAAAAAUGGCACCAAUGUGGGAAGCCAGAGCCUGGGAGAAGAGCAGAGUUUCAGUUCUUCACAUGAAAUCAAAUGCUGUCCAUGUUCUACAAUCCAUAUUCAGACGAUUCCCUUAUUGGACCUGCUUGCAGGUUUCCUGUAGGCAUCUGGUAGGCAGUUGUGAGAACAGGAUGCUGGGCUAGAUGGGCCAUUGGCCUGAUCCAGCAAGCUCUUCUUAUGUUCUUAUGACCAACCAAGAUAUAACAAAAUAGUGUGCAAGCUUCUGAGUUCAGGCAAGAUGUUUAAAAGCAAAAGAUUGGGAUGGGGGAUGCUCCAUGUUUUGUAUUGUAGUAGGCAAAAUGUUUUUACAUGGUCCCCUGCCCAUGUAGUCUAGUGGAGUCUCCCGCCCAACAGCUGGAAAGCGCUCAGCUGGCAGUGCUCAGGGGACCACCUUCCUGAAUGGAUUCAGAAAGCAGGAGCUCUAGCUCAUCGAGAAGUGGGUGGGCCAAGCUUUCCUUGGAAGCAAAGGUAUGAUAAUUGCCUUUAUCUUUCCCUGCCUUUUGGGACUCCAUUACCCACCUAGGCCAGGAGGAUAGCAUCUCCUUCUUCCUUUCCAGGGGCACACGUCCAGACCACUACCCGCCACUUCUGCCCCAAGAUCUCCCACCUCAGUGGCCUCUGGACCUCGUGGAGUGGGUGCUAAGGCAGCUGCAUCUAACCCAUCCAGGCUACUUAGCUCGCAUGAUCGAAUGACUUCUGGGGAACUGGCCACUUUGGCUGCUCCUACUACGUUUGGGAGUCGGAAUCGGAGCAGCCCCUCACAUUCACAGACAGCAGACGUGAAAUCUCCAAAGCCAAGCAGGCCACAGACUCCUUUAAGCCCCUCCCCAGAGCAGAGGCGCCCCCCUUCUAAGAGUUCAUCCCCGAAGGGAAAGGAGCCUUCUCUACAACUCCGCACAGACGUGAAAUCCCCAAAUCCAAGCAGGCCACAGACUCCUUUAAACCCCUAUCCAGAGCAGGGGCGCGCCCCUUCUAAGAGUCCAUCCCCGAAGGAAAAGGAGCCUUCUCUACAACUCCGCACAGAUGUGAAAUCCCCAACGCCAAGCAGGCCACAGUCUCCUUUAAGCCCCUCCCCAGAGCAGGAGCACCCCCCUUCUCAGAGUCCAUCCCCGAAGGAAAAGGAGCCUUCUCUACAACUCCGCAGGACAAAGGCAUCGCUGGCAGUGGGACCUUCUGAUCAAGGCUGGGAUAAUGCGGGUGUGAGGCCCUCCAAAGUGGGUGGCCAAACAUCAAGACCUCAGAGCAAAGCACUGGAAACAGAAAAACAAAGUAAAGAUCUAGCUAAACAGAUCCAGUCCAGAAGCGCCACAGGGAAACCACCCAGGUAAGCUGGGAGAACCAACUGGCAUUGAGAGCCCUUUCUUCCUAUGAUCAGAAAUCUUGCACAUACAGGGCUCUCUGUAUGUUCCAAGGAAUGCACGUGGGAGCAGCCUACCACCCUAACAUCCCCCAUGUUCAUUCAUUUCUAUUUUGUAUAACACUCAAUGGAACACUCCUGGGAUUCCAAGCAAGGCCAGUAAAUGGUCUCAGGCCAUUAUAAACCUUAGAAUAAUAAUACUAAGGAAUCAAUAACUGUAUCUUUAUGUUUAACUCCUUGUACAAAGUGAACUAAUUAAACUUCUUUUUUACUAGGAGCAAUAAGUCCAUAAACAAAUUGGGAAAGGCUCUGAGUUCAGGUAAGAUUAAAUGCCAAUUAAAUGAUCUACAGCAAUGCUUAGCUCCCAUAUCCCCCACCAUCAUGCUCCUGCCUGGUGCUAGUAUCACUGAGAGCCAGGCACCUACUAACAGCUCCAUUUGCUUUGCAGCGAGACAAAGAAGCAGCCCUACUUUCAUAACCAUCUAUAGUGUCUUGUCCUCAUCGCUGGAGAGACUGAAAGGCAAGGGUGAUUACAAGGUACCGGACCCUAAUGUAAGAUGCUAAACCUAACCCACACCAUACAUUUGAAGUACUCUAAUGCAACUUUAAAGAUUUUGGCUUCCACCAAAGAUUCCUGGGAACUGUAGUAUGCUUAGGACGCGGAACUCACAGACCUACAAUUCCCAGCACCCUGAACAAACUACAGUUGCCAGGGUUAUCUAUGAGACCAUGAUAUAAGAGCAGUAUUAAAUGGAUGGUACUGGUGAGACAGCAAAAUGUGCAUUUGAGGUGAUGAUCUGUGAUAGCCCAUUUCCAUGUGCCACCCUUCACUUGAGGUUGCAGUCAUAUUUGAACCAGCCCAUAGUGUAAAAGUUCUCCCAUGCUUUCUUCUUUCUUCCAGGGGCUUCUUUCUGCAUUUCUAAACCACUGAAGCUCCAACGGAAAUUUGUCCAUAAGUGUUAAUUUUACGGCCCCUCCCCAAAACACAUUCCAUUUUUACAAUAAUUACAAUAAUGAUUUUAAAUAUAAUUGGGGUCAUAAAAUGACACAAAUCACAAGGGUUGUGGGAAAGGUGUGCUGCCCCAUCCAUUGCAGCUACAUCAUGGCCACCAAGCCAUCAUGAUGAUGAUGAUGAUGAAGAAGAUGACAACCAGGGUGGACAGAACAUUAGCCCCGAGCAAAAAUGCUGGACUACUGAUAGUGUAGAAAGUCAACUGCAGUUCCACUUAUAGCUUACAACAGAAGAGCAAAGGCUGUGUUUUCCUAGGAGAACCUGCUUAGGAACAGUCCUAGUAGACAGCUAACAGGGAGAGGGUUUCUCUGCCUAGUCAUGCUUGCCUGGCACCAUCAUUACUAUCCCUUAGGUCCCUUCUAGUUACCCAAGCUUUUACUGGUAUCUGAGAUCCUGGAUGUAGGGGAAGCAAUGACAAAGAGGACAACCGCUCUUUGAUAGUUAUGUUUUAUAUAGUUUGCAUUUGUUAGGUAAGCUGCCUUGAGGGCUUUAAAUUGAAAACCAGGAUAGGACCACCUUAAAUAGAUGGUGUGUUGUAACAUUGUGCUCCCCUGCUCUUGCUUUCAGAAGUUGUAACUGAACCACUUUGAAAGGACCUUGUCUGGAUGGAGUCCACGGCACAUUUGGUUCCUGUCACAGCCCGU